UACUCAUUUGUACUCAUCUGUACUCAUCUGUACUCAUCUGUACCCUAGAGUACAGUACAACGCAAACUAAAACCUGUCCACCUACUUUACUAACUUGCACUACGAGAUUACCAGAUUUCCAACCUCUACCACCUCUACCACCUCUACCACCUCUACCGUUUGCAUGGACAACAUCGCCGCCGUGCAAACUCAACCAACUAACGAACCCCCCAUUCAUUGAAUGAUUCUGCGGUGACCCUUGAACCCACCUCACGCCAUCCUCGAGAACCUCAACUCCGCAUGGAUGUCGUAUAAUCACCAGCAUACCCCGUCUCAUUCCCGGAAUGCCUCACCCCUCCCCACCAGCACCAACUCCGAGCCCGCCAAAUCCAGCGCUUCCUCUCGAGCAGCCUCAGAGGCUGACCUAAAACCCCGCGAGAACCGCAGAGGCAGCCAGCCAAGGUCCUUCCAAGACUUCCCGUACGACCACGAAGACGAAUCCGAGACCGACGACAUGGGCGAGCGACGACCCCCGUACAACAGGCACAAAGAUGGCCGUCCGGGACAGCCGCUGCUUCAUAAAUCGGUCGAUGAGCGAGGUCGUGCGAGCGAUAGCCCUCCUAUAACCCCAGCCCAUACGGCGUUUAAUCGCCGCUCGACCAUGCGGAGUCGAAGCCCCGCAGAUGCACAGGCACUCCUCGAGACGAAGAAGAAAUACACAUACGCGGCCUUCUUUCUGGGCAUCAGUCUGGUCAGUUUCGUGAUCCAGACGGAGACGGCUGUCUAUAUCCAGCAUGACCUCGGAUGGGACAAGGCGUAUUGCAUGCUCUACUUCACCCACGGUUCCUGGAUCCUCCUCUACCCCUUCCAACUCAUGUGCCUCCGCCUCCAAAAGCGCUCAAUGCCCUUCCACACCUUCUGGCGCCGCCACGUCUACCUCCUCCGCACCACCGCCCAGAUGGUCGAGUCCCAAUCCCUCACCCCCCCACGCAUGCAGCACUCCCCAGUCCCCUACAUGCUCCGCACCACCGCCGGCGUAACCACCGCCCUCACCAUCGCAGGCGGAUCCUGGUACCUGGCCGUCAACAUGACCACCCCCUCCGACCUAACCGCAAUCUACAACUGCUCCGCCUUCUUCGCCUACGCCUUCUCCGUGCCCCUCCUCAAAGAGCCCCUGCGCACCGACAAGUCCCUUGCCGUCCUCGUCGCCAUCGUCGGCGUCCUCGUCGUCGCAUACGGCGACACCUCAUCCGCAACACCUAACCCCAGCAACACCCCCGACGCCCACGCCGCCACCGCCUCCGAAACCCAAGCCACGAACCGGCUCGCGGGAAACCUCAUCAUCGGCGCUGGUUCCAUUCUCUACGGCCUCUACGAGGUGCUGUACAAGCGCCUCGCCUGCCCCCCUACGGGCUGCAGCCCCGGCCGCGGCAUGAUCUUCGCUAACACAUUCGGCUCCAUCAUCGGCGCCUUCACCCUCCUCGUCCUGUGGAUCCCGCUGCCAAUCCUGCACUACACGGGUCUAGAACCCUUCGCCCUCCCCCGCGGCGAGGCAGCAUGGAUGAUGUGCAUCAGCGUCCUUGCCAACGCCACAUUCUCCGGCAGCUUCCUCGUGCUGAUCAGUCUCACAAGCCCCGUCCUGAGCAGUGUCGCGGCGCUGCUGACGAUCUUCCUCGUCGCUGCGACGGAUUGGGCGCUUACGGGCGUGCCGCUGGGUCCGGCGGCUGUGGUGGGCGGUGGGCUGAUUGUGGUUGCGUUUGGGGUGCUGAGUUGGAGCACGUGGCGCGAGAUGCGUGAGGAGAAGAUUAAGGAGGUGGAUAUUACGAGUGAUGAGGAUGAGGAGAGCGUGCUUGGGUCCUAGAGUUUGUAGGUUUGGAUAUGAUAGGAUAUGGCAUAUAAGUUUUAUUUGAUCUGGGAGUGGUGGCGUUUUGGGCGGGCUGGACCUGGGAUGGGAAUGGUGGGCUCGGGGGGGAUAUAUGUUCUGCAUUGUGUGUCGUUGGUUGGUGUGCUCUGUCGCGAGAUAGAGAAUAGACGCUGUAGAUGUACUCUAGACUGUUUGUAUAGAAUGAAUGGC